AUGCAAGCGGCGCUAUGCGGCUCCAAGUCCGGUAUUACCGAUUCUCACAACAUCGACGGCGUCGUGAUCAUCCUCGACUCCUGCUAUAACUAUAUUGUGACUAGGGUGUACACCAGUCAUGGCAGAGUCGUCGAGAUACUUGCGGCCUUUGACGAGGAUAGCGAACUCUCAUUUGUCCCUAGUGUUAGGGCUUCACUCCCGAGCAAGCUAUACGCCGAGCUUCUCACAAGAAAACAGUCCAGAGCCAAGGUUAUUAAGCUUGCUAAGCCGAUAGCCCAUCUUCGUGAAAGCUCUCCUGUCAAAGAGUCUACGCACCAUAUCCUUGUUGGAGUCAAUUCCUUACGUCUUUCCCCACCUGAGGGUACUGAAGAGGUCCCCAACAAGGGGGAAAGGGGAGAAGCUGGACAAAGUUCCGGUUAUAUUUUUUAUCAACUGUGGACGUGCUACCGGCUACUUUUCGCUAGCUGCGCAGUGAUUAUUGUGGCCGGUAUAUACUUCCCUUGA